AUGUACGGCAAUGGCAACCGGAGCACUGCAGACCUGCUUGCCAGGGCCAAGAGCGUGCUGGCGGCGUCGGCCCACUCGCGGGCCCGGACAACCGCCUUGGCCCAGGUAACGCCUUCGCCGGCCCAGCUGUCAGCCGAGUCGCGCCACAUUCUGCGCCAGACGGUGGCGAGCGGAAGCGGCCACGGCGGGCCGGCCAGGACGUCGGCGCCGAUGGCGAGCGGCGGGCGGUGGCGGAGCAGCAGCCGCGGGGUAGCACGGCCGAUCGUGAUGCCGAGCGAUGAGCUGCUGGUUCCGCCGCAACCGGCCUCGGUCUUUACCUCGCCGUACUUUUCCGGGAGCUCGCCUCGCCGGGAAACUAGCGAGCUGCCGCCGCGUGCGCCUCGGAGCGGCGGACGAUCGCCGACGCGGUCGCCGCUUGCGCGGCAGUCAGAUGCGCUGGUGCAGCGAGCAAACGAUGCGCUGAUGGCGUCGGCGGAGCAGCGUGCGCGGCUGGCAGCGGCACGACAGAGCCCGUCGCGGCGAAGCCCGCGGCGAUCGGCGUCGCCGCUGGAGGAGAUUGUCGGGCAGCGGCGGGCCGAGUACGCUGAGCUGGAGAGCAAGGUGGCGGCGGCAGAUGCACGGCUGGGCGUCAACGCGCAGCAGUACCGAGAGGUUGAGUCGCGGCUCGACGACUCGAUGCGCAAGCUCGAGGAGCUGCAGGCGGCAAACCGGCGGGCGCGGGGUGUGGAGCGGCGGCGGCCGGUCGAGCCGCGUGGAGAGACCCGCGAGGAGUCGCUGACGCGGCUGCUAGUCGACUCGCAGGCCGAGUACAACCGGCUUGUGGCGGCGCAAAAUGCAGCGCUUCGCGACAAGGACGACGAGAUCCGGGCGCUGAAGGCCGAGCUGUACCAGGCACGGCUGACGAUCGAAGACCAGGCGCGCGAGCUGGCGCGGGCUCGGACGCAAAUCGAUGUUCUUCACACCUCACUCACUGUUCCUUCGAUGCCGUUGCGAGUGCCCGAGCCUGCUAUCGUGGAGAGUCCGACGUCUGCGGCCGCACCUGCGCCAGUCGUGGUUGAGAGGCUCGGUGCCGCUUGCGGCGCCCGGUUGGCCACUGUCAAGAAGGUCGACGUCGUGUCGGUGGCCAAGGACAAUUCUGGCGCAAACAUGGUGGCUGUGCCUGUAGAUGGUGGCGAGUCGGCGGCUGCCCCUGUGGCUAGCGGCAGAGCUGGUGACGACAGUGAUGUCUCUGCGAUGCUGGCUGCCGAUGGGUUGUCCGAUGGGGAGGAGGCAGCCUCUGCUCCGGUCGAUGAUACUGUGUCUGAUGUUGACGACAACAAUGUGGCAACUCUGAUUGCUGCCGGUGCAUCGUCAGACGAUGAGGAAGAGGUUGCGCCUGCUUCCACCGACGCCGAUGAGUCGGAUGACGACGACGAUGUCGCUGUGAUGCUCGCUGCUGCCGGUGCUUCGUCCGAUGAUGAGACUGUGCCUGCUCCUGUUCCUGUCGAAGACGACGAGUCAGACGGCGACGAUGAUGUCGCUGCUCUCCUGGCCGCCGGUGCUUCGUCCGAUGAUGAGGCUGUGCCUGGUCCUGCUCCUGUCGAAGACGACGAGUCAGACGGCGACGACGAUGUCGCUGCUCUCCUGGCCGCCGGUGCGUCGUCCGAUGAUGAGGCUGUGCCUGCUUCUGCUCCGGUCGAUGACGACAAGUCCGGUGACGACGAUGUCGCUGCGAUGCUCGCUGCCGCCGGUGCUUCGUCAGACGAUGAGGCUGUUGUGCCUGCUCCUGCCCCGGUCGAUGACGACAAGUCCGGCGACGAUGAUGUCGCUGCUCUGUUGGCCGCCGGUGCGCCAUCUGAUGAGGAGGUUGCGCCUGCUCCUUCUCCGGUUGAAGACGCCGAGUCGGAUGGCGACGAUGAUAUCGCUGCUCUCCUGGCCGCCGGUGCUUCGUCCGAUGAUGAGGCUGUUGUGCCUGCUCCUGCUCCUGUCGAUGACGACAAGUCGGACGGCGACGACGAUGUCGCUGCGAUGCUCGCUGCUGCCGGUGCUUCGUCCGACGAUGAGGCUGUUGUGCCUGCUCCUGUUCCUGUCGAUGACGACGAGUCCGACGGUGACGACGACGUCGCUGCGAUGCUCGCUGCUGCCGAUGCUUCGUCCGAUGAAGAGGCCGUGCCUGCUCCUGCCCCCACUGACGCUGAUGAGUCAGAUAACGACGACGACGUCGCUGCGAUGCUCGCUGCCGGUGCUUCGUCCGCUGAUGAGGCUGUGCCUGCUCCUGCUCCGGUCGAUGACGACAAGUCCGGUGACGACGAUGUCGCUGCGAUGCUCGCUACCGCCGGUGCUUCGUCCGAUGAUGAGGCUGUGCCUGCUCCUGCCCCGGUCGAUGACGACAAGUCCGGCGACGAUGAUGUCGCUGCUCUCCUGGCCGCCGGUGCGUCGUCCGAUGAUGAGGCUGUGCCUGCUUCUGCUCCGGUCGAUGACGACAAGUCCGGUGACGACGAUGUCGCUGCGAUGCUCGCUGCCGCCGGUGCUUCGUCAGACGAUGAGGCUGUUGUGCCUGCUCCUGCCCCGGUCGAUGACGACAAGUCCGGCGACGAUGAUGUCGCUGCUCUGUUGGCCGCCGGUGCGCCAUCUGAUGAGGAGGUUGCGCCUGCUCCUGCCCCGGUUGAAGACGCCGAGUCGGAUGGCGACGAUGAUAUCGCUGCUCUCCUGGCCGCCGGUGCGUCGUCCGAUGAUGAGGUUGCGCCUGCUCCUGCUCCUGUCGAAGACGACGAGUCGGACGGCGACGAUGAUGUCGCUGCUCUGUUGGCCGCCGGUGCUUCGUCAGACGAUGAGGCUGUGCCUGCUUCUGCCCCGGUCGAUGACGACGAGUCGGACGGCGACGACGAUGUCGCUGUGAUGCUCGCUGCUGCCGGUGCUUCGUCCGCUGAUGAGGCUGUGCCUGCUCCUGUUCCUGUCGAUGACGACGAGUCGGACGGCGACGAUGAUGUCGCUGCUCUCCUGGCCGCCGGUGCUUCGUCAGACGAUGAGACUGUUGUGCCUGCUCCUGCUCCUGUCGAUGACGACAAGUCGGACGGCGACGACGAUGUCGCUGCGAUGCUCGCUGCUGCCGGUGCUUCGUCAGACGAUGAGGUUGCGCCUGCUCCUGCCCCAGUCGAAGACGACGAGUCGGACGGCGACGAUGAUGUCGCUGCUCUCCUGGCCGCCGGUGCUUCGUCCGAUGAUGAGGCUGUGCCUGCUCCUGCUCCUGUCGAAGACGACGAGUCGGACGGCGACGAUGAUUCGGACGGCGACGAUGAUGUCGCUGCUCUCCUGGCCGCCGGUGCUUCGUCAGACGAUGAGGCUGUGCCUGCUCCUGUUCCUGUCGAUGACGACGAGUCAGAUGACGACGACGACGUCGCUGCGAUGCUCGCUGCUGCCGGUGCUUCGUCCGAUGAUGAGGCUGUGCCUGCUCCUGUUCCUGUCGAUGACGACGAGUCAGAUGACGACGACGACGUCGCUGCGAUGCUCGCUGCUGCCGGUGCUUCGUCCGACGAUGAGGCUGUUGUGCCUGCUCCUGUUCCUGUCGAUGACGACGAGUCCGACGGUGACGACGACGUCGCUGCGAUGCUCGCUGCUGCCGAUGCUUCGUCCGAUGAUGAGGCUGUGCCUGCUCCUGUUCCUGUCGAUGACGACGAGUCAGAUGACGACGACGACGUCGCUGCGAUGCUCGCUGCUGCCGGUGCUUCGUCAGACGAUGAGGCUGUGCCUGCUCCUGCCCCGGUCGAUGACGACAAGUCCGGCGACGAUGAUGUCGCUGCUCUCCUGGCCGCCGGUGCUUCGUCAGACGAUGAGGCUGUGCCUGCUCCUGUUCCUGUCGAAGACGACGAGUCAGAUGACGACGACGACGUCGCUGCGAUGCUCGCUGCUGCCGGUGCUUCGUCAGACGAUGAGACUGUUGUGCCUGCUCCUGCCCCGGUCGAUGACGACAAGUCCGGCGACGAUGAUGUCGCUGCUCUCCUGGCCGCCGGUGCUUCGUCAGACGAUGAGGCUGUGCCUGGUCCUGCUCCUGUCGAAGACGACGAGUCCGACGGUGACGACGAUGUUGCUGCGAUGCUCGCUGCUGCCGGUGCUUCGUCCGACGAUGAGGCUGUUGUGCCUGCUCCUGAUCCUGUCGAUGACGACGAGUCCGACGGUGACGACGACGUCGCUGCGAUGCUCGCUGCUGCCGAUGCUUCGUCCGAUGAUGAGGCUAUGCCUGCUCCUGUUCCUGUCGAAGACGACGAGUCAGAUGACGACGACGACGUCGCUGCCAUGCUCGCUGCUGCCGGUGCUUCGUCCGAUGAUGAGGUUGCGCCUGCUUCUGCCCCGGUUGAAGGCGACAAGUCGGACGGCGACGACGAUGUCGCUGCGAUGCUCGCUGCUGCCGGUGCUUCGUCCGAUGAUGAGGCUGUACCUGCUCCUGCUCCUGUCGAAGACGACGAGUCGGACGGCGACGACGAUGUCGCUGCUCUCCUGGCCGCCGGUGCUUCGUCAGACGAUGAAGCUGUGCCUGCUCCUGCCCCGGUCGAUGACGACGAGUCGGACGGCGACGAUGAUGUUGCUGCUCUCCUGGCCGCCGGUGCUUCGUCCGACGAUGAGGCUGUGCCUGCUCCUGUUCCUGUCGAAGACGACGAGUCGGACGGCGACGACGAUGUUGCUGCGAUGCUCGCUGCUGCUGGCGCUUCAUCAGAUGAUGAGGCUGUGCCUGCUCCUGCUCCCACCGACGCCGAUGAAUCAGAUGACGACAACGUCGCUGCGAUGCUCGCUGCUGCCGGUGUUUCAUCGGACGAUGAUCCUGCUGGCGCCCCGGCCCCGGUCCCAGUUGACGCCAACGAAGAGUCUGGCGACGAUGACAUCGCCGCCCUCCUGGCUGCCACCGCUGCGUCUGACGACGAUCCGCCCUCUGCCGCUACCUGUUCGUCAGACGACGACGACGACGACGAUGUCCUGGCCCUCCUCGCUGCCGCUGGCUCCACAUCCGGUUAA